AUGGCAGCUGCUUCCCCCAUGGCCAGUCUAAAGUCAAGCUUCACUUCUCCAACUCCACGGGCCUUGCUCUCUCCCAAGGGUCUCUCCUCUUCGCUUAGAAUCUUGCCUUCUAGUUCCAGGAGGCAAUCUUCCUUCGCCAUCCAAGCCGUCCAAUCCGAAAAGCCAACUUACCAAGUGAUACAUCCCAUCAAUGGAGAUCCAUUCAUUGGAAGCUUAGAAACCCGUAUAACAUCAAGCCCCUUGAUAGCUUGGUACUUGUCCAAUCUUCCGGCAUAUAGUACAGCGGUGAGCCCGCUUCUUAGAGGUGUUGAGGUAGGGCUGGCUCAUGGAUUUCUCCUGGUGGGACCGUUUGUGAAAGCAGGGCCCUUGAGGAACACACCGGUGGCUGGUCGAGCAGGGAGUCUGGCAGCUGCAGGCCUUGUUAUAUUGAGCAUUUGCCUCACCAUGUAUGGGGUCGCUUUGUUUAAGGAAGGAGAGCCGUCGACCACACCUUCUUUGACGUUGACCGGGCGGAAGAAGGAGCCGGAUCAGCUGCAAACCGCUGAUGGAUGGGCUAAGUUCACCGGUGGAUUUUUCUUUGGUGGCAUUUCGGGUGUCACUUGGGCUUACUUCCUCCUUUAUGUCUUGAACCUUCCUUACUGCUUCAAGUAGAGUUUUCUAUUUAACACCUCUAGUUACCUUUCUCAUAUGUAAACACAAAUGAAAAUUCAUGUG